AUGAUUGAUAAUCAUAGAGGUUGGCAUGAGAUGUUACCAUAUGCUUUAUUGGGAUACCAAACCGCCGGUAGAACAUCAAUUGGAGCAACUCCAUACUUGCUAGUAUAUGGGGUAGAAGCAAUGAUACAUGAUGAAGUUGAAAUACCUUCGUUGAGGAUCAUUCAAGAAGACAAACUGAGCAAUGUUGAUUGGGUUCGUAAUCAGAUUGAACACUUAGCCUUAAUAGAUGAAAAGAUGAUGACCGUUGUUUUUCAUGGUCAAUUAUAUCAACAGAGAAUAAUUUGUGCUUUCAACAAAAGAGUGAUAUUUCGACCAUUUGAAGAAGGACAAUUAGUCCUCAAACGUAUUUUCCCUCAUCACGAUGAGUACAAGGGAAAAUUUGCACCGAAUUGGCAUGGACCAUACAUGGUUCGUAAAGUGCUAUCCGGAGGUGCUUGGAUCCUGUUAGAGAUGGACGGACAAGAGUGGCCAAAACCAAUCAACUUACAUGUUGUCAAGAGAUACUGCAUCUGA